AUGCGUGGUUCAAGGCAGGUGGAAGGAAAAGCUGGGGCUCCGCAGCACCCCAAGAGCCGCCAGCCCACGCCGCGCUCUGCAGCUCGGCGAGGUGCCCGAGCCCCUCCGCGGGGUCUCCACGAGGUGGCACAAGCAAGCCGCCGGCGGGGUCGGCGGGGGCUGCCGGUGGCAAGUGUCCUGGCACGCUUUGUGUGCCCAGCAUGCGUGGUUCAAGGCAGGUGGAAGGAAAAGCUGGGGCUCCGCAGCACCCCAAGAGCCGCCAGCCCACGCCGCGCUCUGCAGCUCGGCGAGGUGCCCGAGCCCCUCCGCGGGGUCUCCACGAGGUGGCACAAGCAAGCCGCCGGCGGGGUCCAGGAGCCUCCGAGAGACAGGAUGGAUUUGCAAAUAGAACGAGAGAGGACUGUGUAUAAUAUUUCUGGCGGCUGCACAGCCCUUGUGGUGGUGUAUUUAUUGGGGAAGCUUUACGUGGCAAAUGCUGGUGAUAGCAGGGCUAUAAUAAUCCGAAACGGCGAAGUCAUUCCAAUGUCUUCAGAAUUCACUCCAGAGACCGAACGCCAGCGACUUCAGUAUCUGGCUUACAUGCAGCCCCACUUGCUGGGAAAUGAGUUCACACAUUUAGAGUUUCCACGGAGGGUGCAGCGCAAGGAAGUUGGAAAGAGGAUGCUCUACCGUGACUUCAACAUGACUGGCUGGGCAUACAAAACCAUUGAGGAAGAUGACUUGAAGUUUCCCCUUAUAUACGGAGAAGGCAAGAAGGCUCGAGUUAUGGCAACAAUUGGAGUGACUCGAGGACUGGGAGACCAUGACCUCAAAGUGCACGACUCCAAUAUAUACAUCAAACCUUUCCUGUCCUCAUCUCCCGAGGUGAGAGUCUAUGACCUCCUGCAGUACGAGCAUGGGCCAGAUGAUGUUCUGAUCCUAGCUACUGAUGGACUCUGGGAUGUGCUGUUAAAUGAAGAAGUGGCAGAAGCUGUCACUAACUUUCUACCAAACUGUGACCCCGAUGAUCCCCACAGGUACACGCUGGCGGCGCAGGACCUGGUGAUGCGAGCCAGGGGAGUGCUGAAGGACCGGGGCUGGCGAAUAUCCAAUGACAGGCUGGGCUCUGGAGACGACAUCUCUGUCUACGUCAUCCCUUUAAUACACGGGAACAAACAGUCAUGA